AUGGACAGGGAUAGACUUGCUAAACAGAUAUUACAAUGGGAGCCGCAAGGAGGAGAAACAAGAAUGGGAAGACCACCAACGUCAUGGAGUCAAACAGUUAGUACGGAUUUAAAGGAAAUGGUAUUGACCUACGAUGAAGCUAUAAAAAGGAAUGGGAUACAUUUUUACUGCCCAUUGCAUCAAAUGGUGACUGAUCAAAUAGAUAGACAGUAUCUUCUACGAAUUGAUGCCACUCUUAGUGAUACAUUUGAGCGGGGCUUUAUCGACGAAUUAGUCUACCAUUACGAACAGUUAAGAGACUGA